AUGGAGGAGCAAAGUGGAACAUCGGCGCCGAGAGUAAGUGAUAAACGUCUAGCACAAACUCAAGCAAAAGUAGAUGAAGUUGUUGGAAUUAUGCGUGUCAAUGUUGAGAAAGUUUUGGAAAGAGAUCAGAAGCUGUCCGAACUGGAUAAUCGUGCAGAUGCUCUUCAACAUGGAGCAGCGCAAUUUGAACAACAAGCUGGUAAGCUUAAAAGAAAAUACUGGUGGCAAAACUUAAAAAUGAUGCUUAUAAUUGGUGCUAUAGGUGUGGUUCUACUUAUUAUCAUUAUUGUGUGGGCUACGUCCGGAUCGAGCACAUCUCCAGCCCCAGCGCCAGUUACCGAAGCUCCUCCUUCUGGGCGAUAA